AUGCCGAGCGUUGGGCUCUGGUCGAACCCACUGCCGCUAAUCAAGUGCGCUGUCGAGGUGGCGCAUGGCCUGAGCUUGAGCAGGCCAUGGCGCGCUGGAUCGCUAACGCUGGCCCCGCGGGCGUACCACUCACUCUGCAGACGAUCCGCGACCACGUGGCGACCAUGGCGCGCAACAUGGGCAUUCCGCCCGUGUUCCGUUGCUCCAUUGGUUGGGUUCGCCGUGCGUUGCGGCGCCAGGGAGUGCGAUGCCGUGCCGCCACCGGCGAGGCGGCGAGCGCCGACAUGGCUGCUGUGCGUGAAGCGCGACGUGCUGGGGUGGCUCUCCGACGCCUGGAUGAGUGUCGGCGCGCGCACCAUCCAGAGGUGCUGGUGGCGCACGGGCUGCCUGCCUCUGUCGUGGUCCAUGGAGCUGACGCAUGUGCAUGAUGAUGAGCCGACCCCCCAUGCUUACCCCGACAUUGAGCUCGACGACGACAUCGACGACGUCGGCGAGCUCAUAAGCGGGCUCGGCCUCGGCACCGGCGCAAUGACCGCCGCCGAGUACGUCGCCAUCGAUGAGGGCGAGCCGACAUGCGCGGAGCCGGGGGCGGACCCGACUCCUGAUGAUGCGGACGUGGGCCUGAUCGCGGAGCUAUGGAGGGCGCCGACCACGAUGGAGGCGGUCUAUGACGACUCGGACCCCGUGGGCCGUGAAGCGCGGCGCACAGCACGGGCGGCCUGCGAGAUGCUCAUCGGCUAUGCUCGCGCCGUGAGCGUGACCCCGCGCGACCUUUGCCACCUCUUCGACAUUCGUAACCCCAUCAUCAUCGAGCGCAUGGAGCGGGCAAGCCCCGCUCUCAAUCUCAACACGGCCCCGCCGCCUAGGCUUUCGCCUUUCGCAACUCCGCCGCCUGACACCCCGCGUCCGCGGGGCCGAGUGCUGCCUGGCUGGAUGACCCAGCCGUCCCGCCGUCAGCAGCUUCUGGACGGCGGGGUUGGCGCCGCGAUGGGCGGGUACGUGGAGGCGGCUGAGUGGAUGCACGUGUGA